AUGCAGUCCCAACAGUACCUGCAGCAGCGUCGAAAAUUUGCAGCUGCCUUCCUGGCAUUCAUUUUCAUUCUGGCAGCCGUGGACACGGCUGAAGCGGGGAAGAAAGAGAAACCAGAAAAAAAAGUGAAGAAGUCUGACUGUGGAGAAUGGCAGUGGAGUGUGUGCGUGCCCACCAGCGGGGACUGUGGGCUGGGCACCCGAGAGGGCACCCGGACUGGAGCUGAGUGUAAGCAAACCAUGAAGACCCAGAGAUGUAAGAUCCCCUGCAACUGGAAAAAGCAAUUUGGAGCGGAGUGCAAAUACCAGUUCCAGGCCUGGGGAGAAUGUGACCUGAAUACCGCCUUGAAGACCAGGACCGGAAGUCUGAAGCGAGCCCUCCACAAUGCCGACUGUCAGAAGACAGUCACUAUCUCCAAGCCCUGUGGCAAGCUGACUAAGCCCAAACCUCAAGGCCAGAUGACAUUUGUGUCCGCCUCCAAGUUUGCCUGGCAGAAGGGUACUGUGGGACAGGCAGAGGUGGGAGCACAUGAGCGGGUGUCUGUGCUACAGGUUGGUCAGGGAACAAUGUCAGUCCUCCUGCUGUCCUGUCCACCAGUUCAUGCUCUGCUGUUACCAGAUCCUCCUUAA